AGAACCAAGGCAGAUCCUCUAAACAAAAAAAAAUGCAAGAGUGGAGAACCAUCAAUACUGAAACUCUUAAUUAUUUCCAGAGAGACAGAAUGUUAUGAAUUCUGGAACGGUUAAAAUAGGUUUUGGUCAACGAUAAUGGCUACGAAAUCGUCGACGACUCCAUUAAGACUCUCUCUCUCUACCUUGUCUAUUACGCGAGUUCGCUCGCUUGUACCUUUCUCUUCCUGCAUCAUGAAAUCAUAAUUCACAAGAAACCAUAAUUCUAUGAAACUCUAAUUGUCUUCCACCCCAUGAAACCCUAAAUCACACCCCCUUCUAUGCGACCAACCAUGGCUAGGGUCCCUUGGGAUUUUCUCCUCUUCUUGUUUCUGGUUUUGAUAUUUGAUCUGGUCUUGUGUGGAGGAAAUUUGGAGAAUUUCAAGGGGGUCAUUCGAUCUGAUCAUGGCUCUGCUAUGGUUUUGCCUCUAGUUUUUUCGUCGUUCAAUUCUUCAAAGCGCGUUGUGCUGGGGGAGCAGCACAGGAGGUUGCAGACUAAUGAGCCAUUGAAAUCCAAUGCUCAUAUGAAGCUCUAUGAUGAUCUGCUCACUAACGGAUAUUAUACCACCAGAAUUUGGAUUGGAACUCCUCCUCAAGAAUUUGCACUUAUAGUGGACUCAGGCAGCACUGUGACAUAUGUGCCAUGUUCUACAUGUGAACAGUGUGGCAAUCAUCAGGACCCAAAGUUCCAACCUGAUUCGUCAAGCACAUAUCAGCCAGUAAGAUGUAACUUGGAUUGCGACUGUGACAGAGAGAAAGACCAAUGUGUUUAUGAGAGACAAUAUGCAGAAAUGAGCUCAAGCAGUGGGGUUCUUGGAAAUGAUAUUGUGUCGUUUGGCAACGAAAGUGCCCUUCCCCCGCACCGUGCUGUCUUUGGUUGUGAAAAUGCUGAAACUGGUGAUUUAUAUAGUCAGCAUGCUGAUGGAAUUAUAGGCCUAGGUCGUGGUAAGCUUAGUAUAAUGGAUCAGCUUGUUGAAAAAGGUGCAAUAACUGAUUCAUUUUCUCUAUGUUACGGUGGAAUGGGUUUUGGCGGGGGUGGAAUGGUUUUAGGUGGAAUCCCUCCCCCUCCAGGCAUGGUCUUUUCUCAUUCAGAUCCUCUACGCAGUCCAUACUACAAUCUUGAACUGAAGGAAAUACAUGUUGCGGGCAAGUCACUGCGGUUAAAUCCGAGUGUUUUUAAUAGCAAGCAUGGGACGGUUUUAGAUAGUGGCACUACCUAUGCAUACCUACCUGAAGUAGCUUUUCUGGCAUUUAAGGAUGCGAUGAUGAAACAGAUUCACUCUCUUAGACGGAUUCCUGGCCCUGACCCUUCAUAUCAUGACGUAUGCUUUUCUGGUUCUGGAAGUGAGGUGUCUGAACUCUCAAAGACUUUUCCUGACGUUAACAUGGUAUUUGAAAAUGGGCAAAUGGUGACACUAGCUCCUGAGAAUUACUUGUUCAGACAUUCGAAAGUUCGUGGUGCAUAUUGCUUGGGAGUUUUUCAGAAUGGGAAAGAUCCCACAACCCUUCUGGGAGGAAUUAUUGUCCGCAAUACUCUUGUUACAUAUGACCGUGGAAAUGAAAGGAUAGGGUUCUGGAAAACAAAUUGUUCUGAGUUAUGGGAGAGACUGCAGUUGGCUUCAGCUCCUCCUCCAAGGCCUUCACCUUCUGUUGACAAAAAUUCAACUAUGAAGUCUUUGGCACAACCACCCCUGCCUGAUAUUUAUAUUCCAGGUCCGUAA